GUGGUAGACCCAAACAUCGUUUAAGUAAACAUUUUCUUGUAUUAGAUGAGAAAGCCAAUAGUAUUAACAAGGCCACAGUUUGCAAAUAUUGCAUCAAUUAUUUUGGUUUUCAACAGGCAUGUUUAACUAGCAAGAUUACAAAUGUUGUAAAUUCUUGCUUAGCAUAUUUUCAGAAAUAUAAAAUAUUUGCAAAUAAAUAUUUACCUGAAGAAAUAGAUCAAAUUCUUGUAUCUACUGCUGAUGCUACAAAAAAAAUCACACAAGCACAAAUUUCAAUGACACAACAAGAUUUACAUAGUGUAACUAUAGCUUUUGAUAGUUGGAAAAAUAUAAUUAAACAAAAAUUAUUAGGAAUUAUAUUUAUUAUAUCAAAAGCAGAUCAUUAUGAAAAACUUUUUCAAAAAGCAGCAGAUCAAAAUAUUAAAAUACUUGCCUUUGUUACUGAUUCUGCAUCAGAAAAUGCAACUGCAAGACAAAGACUUCAAUUACAAAGACAAAAUUUAUUAUAUUUACUAUGUUUUGCUCAUCAAGCAAAUUUAUGUAUAGCAGAUAUUUUUAAAAGUAAUCCUGAUUAUAUUAAGGCAUCAACAAAUUCAUGGUCAAUUUUUUCCUUUUUUAAUUCAUCAAUAUUUUGGCUUGAACACUUUCGAUAUGAACAAGUAUUGGCCUAUAAUGAAAAAUGUUCUGCAUUAAUUCGUCUUGUUCUUGCUAUAUGUCAAUUACGAGAAGAAUUACAUUGUAUGCACCAAUUAACUAAACUUAAAAAACUAGAAGAAAGAUGUAAUAAUACAAAUACAAAUAAACAAGCUAAAACUAGUUAUGAACUAGAUAACAUUUAUUUAAAAGAAACAAAUAAGGAUAAU